AUGGCAUAAUAAUAAUUAUAAAGGUAUGAUGCUGAUGAAAACUUAUCUAAAUUUCUGAAUAAAGAAUUAGGCAAAUCAAUAAAGUUUUAAAAAAAACAUGUAAUAAUAAAAUUUACAAGAUUAGGAGAAAGAACUUAAUAAUUUAAUGGCUUAUCAAUAAAUAAUUUAGGAUGAGAAAUUAAAGAAUGAAAAUAAAUUACACUAAAUGUUUUACAAGGAGAAAUUGAUUGAUAAUUCUAAAAAAUAAAAGGAAGAUUUUGUAAUAAUUAAUGUUAUUGUGAGUUGAAAGAGCAAAAAGUGAAUAAGGAUCAGCAAUUUUUGUAUAAAUAAAAAGAAAAUGAUUAUAUUAAUGCUUUAGAUGCAAGUUGGUGUUUUUAUUAAGAUUAUUCUCCUUCAAAAGAUAUGAAACCAUUAAAGGUAGAUGCUGAAAGAGAGAAAGUUCUUCGAUUUUUAUUCAAAUAACUUUAAACUACAACUGAUAAUGUUGAAAGAGCUUUAAUAAAAAAGAAAAUUAAUAAAUUUAGGGAUUCUGAAGUAUAAAACAUAUAAUAUUAAAUAAUAGAUUUCUAAAAAGAAAUUAGAUUAUAUUGAUCAUAAAAUAGGAUAUGCAAAAUAAAUCAGAAGUGAAUCUCUCGAUCGCUCUAUUGAUAAAAUAAGAAUGCAUGACAUGCAUAUAAUUGAUGUAUAAGAAAAGAACAACCUAAUAAAUUAAGAGAAAUAAUCUUAUUAUAGUGAUAAAUUAAAAUAAAUUGAAUAAAAGAUUUAAUUGAUAGAAAAAUAACAAAAUCUUAAUAAACUUAAUAGAUUAAAUUUCGAAUAAUAAAAGGAUGAAUAUCGUUAAGCAGUAAGAUCUAAUUCUUAAACUCUUUUGCAUCAAAAGGAAUUAUUGAAUUAGAACCAUUUUAGUGAAAAAAGUUAUAAAUUAAAUUUCUUAGUGGAUCAGAAAUAAAAGCUCCUAAAACAAAGAUAAGAAUUGCUAGAUGCAUUAAAUUAGAAAAGAAUUAUUGCUAAACAAUCUUUAGAUGAUAUUAAAUAUCCACAAAUAAACUCGAACAAUUACAAGGCAACAUAUUUUUGA